AUGCAAGGUUGCGGCAAAUUCGAUAAGCUUUCACGUUCACAGCUUAUUAAUGAUUUGUCAGACACCCAGUGGGUUUCAUUGAAAAGGGAAAGGAGAAAUUAUUGGAAGUCCGUUUAUUUGAACAAUGGUUCAUAUUCAAAAAGUGAUUACUGUUGGGAUAAUCGCACACAAAUCGAUGAGCAGGAACAAUUAAGCCAAUCGGUUUUGGCACUGAGUUCAACAAAGAACAAGCUCAACGUCCUUUUACCAAUAUUAAACGAAAUUUCGGUUAAAGGUUUUGAUUUCUUCUCUUUCAGAGCAUCAUCAAUGAUGAAAAGACUCACAGAUUUCAUUGUGCGUAGUUUUGAAACCUUAAACGACGAAGAGAAAAAAAUUGCGAUAAAAAUCUUGAAUAUUCUGACAAAUGAUCAGAAUAACCGGCAAUUACUUCCAUUGCAAGUAAUUGAGCUCGCUGUCCAGCAUUUCGGAUCUUUUCCUGAAGAUUCUCUCUCAAUUUUGAAAAAUUUGGAUGAAAUUUUAUUGAAAUCUCCAAAAUUCGACUGCAGCUGUCCGAACGAGAUUCUUAAUCAAAUUGACGAUGACAAUUUAAUCAUUAAAUUGCUUUGUCUCUGUAGAAAUCUGAUCUCCUACAUUUCAGUUGACAGAGCUCUUGCAUUAGCAGAAACAAGUCCUUCUUUGCUUGUUGAACUCACAAGAAAAGUCAAAAAUUCUUGCUUUGAUUCAAAUCUCCGUAGAUUUGUCUUGAAUUUGAUCAAGAAGGGACAAAUAGAGAUUGGAUGUGCUGCAUUAUGCAACAUAUUCGAUGAAUGUCCUGAUUUUGCUGAUGAUUUAUCCUCAGAAAAAGAAUUAAUUUCAAUAUUGACAAAGCAAACAACAAAAUCAGGAACAAUCGCUACAAUUGCUUUGUCAUUCUUAGACAAGAGCAAUCAUACCAUCGAUUGCCUUCAAAAAUGCUAUGCAAAAGAAGUUGAUCCAAAAAUGAGAUCUUUAAUCAGAGAAAGAAUCGUUUCGCUUGAGAAACAAGCAAUUUAA